AUGUCAUUUUUGGUAUACUUGAUCUUCUUGCUAGCAGUUGUAGAAGCUGGCAGGAACAAUUUACAUCAAAACUCUAAAAUCAACAUAGCAGAGUCCAAGUUAGAAGUUACAAUAAAACUACCGGCGAAUAUUACUGUUCCUGGAGUCAUAACAUUUGGAGACUCGAUAGUGGAUAGUGGAAACAAUAACAAUCUUCGUACACUAUUGAAAUGUAACCAUGCCCCUUACGGUCAAGAUUUUCCGGGCAAAAUUCCUACCGGAAGAUUUACUGAUGGAAGAGUUCCAUCUGAUAUAGUUGCGGAAAGGUUAGGAAUAGCAAAGACAAUACCAGCAUACUUAGAUCCAAAUCUGAAAGAUGAGGAUCUUUUGAAGGGUAUAAAUUUUGCUUCAGGGGGUUCUGGUUAUGACCCAUUAACUGCUAAAAUAGUGCAAGUGGUAUCCUUAGAGCAACAAUUAAAAUAUUUCGUAGAAUACAAAGGAAAACUAAAAGAAAUACUUGGCGAAGAAAAAGCAAAUUUUAUGGUGAAAAAUAGUCUUUAUCUCGUGGUUGCAAGCAGUAAUGAUCUUGCUCAUACCUCUAUGCCACGCUCCUUGACACAUAACAGAACUAUAUAUCCUGAAUAUUUGGCUGACUUGGCUUCUAAAUUUAUUAGAGAGUUAUAUGGACUUGGAGCCCGACGAAUUGGAGUAUUUAGUGCAGUACCAGUUGGAUGUGUACCAGCAGGCAGAACAAUUCAUGGAAAAUUCAAGCGGACUUGUUCAGACAAACUAAACCAAAUGGCUCUUCAGUUCAACACAAAGCUAUCUCCAUUAUUAGAGGGUUUACGAAAAGAGUUACCGGAGACCAAAAUUGCGUUUAUAGACGUGUAUGACACUCUUAACGACAUGAUAGUAAAUCCUAAAAACUAUGUGCUCAAUCUCCUAAUUCUCAUCACGGUAAUCUUAGCAGUUUCUUUACACGUUGAUGCACUCAGCCCUCACUACUACGACCAAACAUGUCCACAAGCCGACCACAUUGUCACCAAUGCAGUCAAGAAAGCCAUGUCAAAUGACAAAACUGUCCCUGCCGCGCUCUUGAGGAUGCAUUUCCACGACUGCUUCGUCAGGGGAUGCGAUGGGUCGGUCCUAUUAGACUCGAAGGGGAAGAACAAAGCAGAGAAAGAUGGACCUCCUAACAUCUCACUCCAUGCAUUCUACGUGAUUGACAAUGCAAAGAAGGCAUUAGAAGAGCAAUGUCCCGGUGUUGUCUCUUGCGCUGACAUCGUUUCACUCGCUGCUAGAGAUGCAGUCGCUCUCUCAGGAGGGCCAACAUGGGAAGUGCCAAAAGGAAGAAAAGAUGGAAGAAUAUCAAAGGCAGUAGAGACAAGACAAUUACCAGCUCCUACUUUUAACAUUUCUCAAUUACGUCAAAGUUUUGGCCAAAGAGGCCUCUCCAUGCACGAUCUUGUUGUUCUCUCAGGAGGGCAUACACUAGGAUUUGCCCACUGCUCGUCGUUCCAGAAUAGAAUCCACAAAUUCAACACACAGAAAGAGGUUGACCCAACGCUAAACCCAUCGUUCGCGGCCAGCUUGAGGGGCGUUUGUCCAGCCCACAACAAGGUGAAGAACGCCGGAGCGGUGAUGGAUGGAAGCACAACCUCAUUUGACAAUGUAUACUACAAAAUGCUUAUGCAAGGCAAGUCACUCUUCUCAUCCGACCAGGCGCUUCUCACGUCGCCUUCUACUAAGAAACUUGUUGCAAAGUACGCGAGUUCCAAUGAAGAGUACGAGAGGGCUUUUGUGACUUCCAUGAUCAAGAUGAGUAGUAUUCUUGGGAAUGGUAAUGAGGUCAGGCUUAAUUGCAGGAAGGUUCGCUAA